CACCGUGCGGGUUUGGGGGGGAAACGCGAGCGCGCAGUGAUUUAGAAGCGGUCGGGGUGAAAGGAUUUCCUGGUGGGCAGGAGGAGCGGCUGUUCAAAGCCAGCCUGGGCUACAGAGGAAGACCCUGUCUCAGCGAGCCAAUGAACACAUCCUGCACUCCAGCGCUUAGGAGCAGUUUCCAGGCCAGCCUGGGCGCGAGACCUGGGCUCAAAAAAAUAAACCAAAGAAAGCUGAAGGCAUGCACCCCAUGCUGGACACAGUUUUGAACAUUGUUUCUGUGUAUUAUCUGGAAGCUAUCCGGCAUCUCCAACUGUGGCCUAUUCCUUGGAAACCUACUGUGGGCAUUCCUGCCAUUCCUGGAGAGUUUUUGUUUGUCUGUCUGAGGUUCUGUUGUUGUCUUGCAGUCCUGGGGCUUGGACCAGCCUGCUCCGGGGAUGCACCAGGAUGCACCCCAGCCUUGCGUACUCUAUUUGCUGUUGGCUUGGCUUGGUUUUUGCACCGUACUGUGCAGCCAGGCCAGCCUGACGCUCACAAUCCUCCAUCUGCUGUCACACGUGUUCACCACCAGACCCUCCCCCUGUAAAAUCUUAAAUGCUCAGAGGGGUCCUUCUUGGGUCACUCACUCUGUAUUCCAGGCUAGCCUCAAGCUCACAGAGAUCCGCCUGCCUCUGCGUCCUGAGUGCUGGGAUUAAAGGGUGCCAGCACUACCAGGCUUUUGGAGUAUUUUCUUGAUAAACCUUGAUGACUUUUCCUAAGAUGACACACACAAGGAUAAAAGGUUCAGUUCUAUCCUCGGCUAUACCGUAAGUUGGAGGCCAGGUACUUGGAUACCUUUUAUCCUCUUGCCUUCACCUCCUGCGUGCCUGGACCAACCAUAUGCCUCCGCGCCCAGGAUCCUGAGUGCCUGGACCAACCAUAUGCCUCCGCGCCCAGGAUCCUGAGUGCCUGGACCAACCAUAUGCCUCUUGUUCUCCUGCUCUUCUGGUCUUUCAUGAAAGUCUAAUUUUUGAGACAGUGUCUUACAUUGGAGUCUGGAGCUCUCUAGCUCAAGCUGGCCUCAUGACAACCCUCCCACCUCAGCUUAAGUGCUUGUGUUACAGAUGUGAGACAUCAUGCCCAGCCUUAACGGUUUGUAACUUUUUAUUUUCACAUUUACUUAUUUUGAGUGUGUUUGGGGAGCGUAUGUGUGUAGAGGUCAGAGGACAACUUGUUGGAUUGAACUUUCCUUUCCUACUAUGUGGGCCCAAGGGACCCAGCCCAGCUCUGGUCCUUAGACUUCAAAGCAGGUGGCUUUACUUGAAAUUCUGACAAACUGUAGUUUUAUCUUUGUCCCCCACCCAUCUCUGGACUUGUUGCUUACUAGUCUCUUGGAAUUUUAUUUACUUAUGUGUUUGCAUUGGUGUUUUGCCACGGGUUUCGGGUCAGUUGUGAGCUGCCAUGUGGGUACUAGGAAUUGAACCCAGGUCCUCUGGAAGAGCAGUCAGUGCUCUUUAACCAUUGAGCCAUCUCUCCAGCCCUGGAUUAGCCUCUUGAAGGGCUCCCUUACAUUUUCCCCAAAUGCUUUAUAGUUACCAGUUUCUUAUUUAGACCCACUGCCCACGCUAUGUUGUUGUUUCUCGAGACAGGGUUUCUCUGUGUAGCCCUGGAUUUCCUGGAACACACUCUGUAGACCAGGCUGGCCUCGAACUCAGAGAUCUGCCCACCUCUGCCUCGAGAGUGCUGGGGUUAAAGGUGUGUACCACCAGCCGAGCUCCGCGCUAUGUUAUUUCCCCGGGCUGUUUCGGCAGCACCCGAACCACUAUCCUUUCGCACUGUGCUAUGUUUGCAUUUCUGUCAAAAAAUGGAUUGGCUGGGAGAUGGUAGCAAGUGCGGGGCUCCAUCCCUGGUGCUGCAUAAAUCAGGUGUGCUGGCCCACACCUCGGAUUCCCUCACUUGGCAGAUGGAGGCAGGAGGACCAGAACCUCAAGGGCAUUCUCAGCAAGUUUGAUGUCAGCCUGGAUGGAAGAGACCCUUUCUCAGAAGGGUUUGUUGUGCUUGUGUGUUUCUGAGAUCUCUGUUUUAUUGACGUUUGUAUCUCUACACCUGCCAGCAGCACACUCUUCUUAAUGAAUGUACUGACAUGGUUAAGCCUUAAGGGGCCAGCAAAUGGCUCAGAGUGCAAAGCGCUCGCUGUGUGAGCCUUUGACCCCAGAACCCAUGUAAAGGUUGAGGAAUUCCACCACAGAAUGUCAUACAUGUGCCCCAUCAUCGUAUACACAACCAUCACAAAGGGUUUUUAAAGUACAUGUCUAUUUUUUUUUCUUUUUGGCUUUUCAAGAUAGGGUUUCUCGAUGUAGCCCUGGCUGUCCUGCAACUCACUUUAUAGUCCAUUCUGGCCUCGUUCUCUUAGAGAUCCUCCUGGCUCUGCCUCCCAAAAGCUGGGAUUAAAGGCAUGUGUCACCACCACCUAAUUUUUUUUUUUUUAUGUUUGUGUCUGUGUGAGUGUCUGGGCACCCACAUUGGCCAGAAGAGCAUGCCAGGCCUCCUGAAGCUGGAGGUAAGGUGGUUGUGAGCUACCCAGCCUGGAUACUGGGAACUAAACUCAGAUCCUCCGGGAGUCACCUUUGAAGAGCAGCAAGCGCUCUUAACUGCUGGGACAAUAUGAGCCCAACAGCUUGGAAAGAUUAUUUUAUCUGCCUUUUCAUAAGUUUUAGGAUAAAUUUUAUCGAGGUGGCACAGUGGUGCACACCUGUAACACAAGCACCGGGGAGGCCAAGGCUAGCCUGAGCUACACAGCUAAACCCUAGCCUCCCCACCAAAAAGAUUUCUGGUCUAUAUCUGCAACUCUUUCUGAGCCUUCACCUAAACAAGCACAUUGAUGUCUGGAAUAUCAAGCCUUGCAUUUCAACAUAAAUCCCGGAGGCUAGGGAUGUCCGUCAGUCGAUGGUGCCCGCUAAUCCCAGCACUCACAAGGUGGAGGCAAGGAGACCAGAAGUUCAUGGUCAUCUUUGGCUGUAUAGCACUGAGCAAAGUUCUCUUUCCAACCUUCAGAUUCUGCCUAGGUAGGUGGCCAAAUACAGGUUUUACUCAUUUCUGUAGGGAUCUGUCCAAAGGCUUUAUCAAUCUGGACAGAGAGCCAGGUCCCCACUACUAAGGGGCUAGGAACCCAAGUCCCUGUCCCUUCCACCAGAGGGCAGCACCUCGUGACUCGCGGGUGGCGGGUAGCAGCCGGCGUGCAGCGGUGAGGUGUGGCGGGAAGCUGCAAACGCUAGGCACCUAGUGUGGGUCCCCUGCAGAGGGAGGAGGCCAAGGUGGACAUCCGGCCUUCUCUCGAGCCCUUCGCUCUCUCUGCGUCCGGGGCUGCUAGGAUCUGGGGAGGGAGAGCAGCUCAGACGUGCGACAGACGUGGAUUCCAGCCUUGCCUCCCGGCCCCUGGGCGACCGCAGCUCCUACACUGCCCCGAACCCCCCCUUCCUAAUCCUGCCAGUCUCCAGAACCGACCCCCGCCGGCGUCCUCGAGUCCCGCCCAGCGGAGAGGAGGGCAACCGGGGACCUCGGCCCACGCCCCUCUUAGCCCCACCUCUGGCAGCUGGCCCCGCCCCCAAGAGUCCGGAAGUCUCGCGAGACUGAAGCGCCCCCGCGCAUGCGCGCGAGGAACGCCGUGGGCAGGAGAACGGAGGCCGGGAAGGCUACGAGCCGACCGGUUCCGGCUUGGGGACGGGGUUGCGCGUGCGCAGUGCGUCGCCCUCGUCGGCGCGCUUCUCCGGCGUUCCUGUUCCGAUCGCUUCUUCAUUGUUUUUUUUCUGAGGGUCGCGGGCGGCGGCGUCCAGUCGGGUCGGUCGGCGAGCCGCACGCGAGCGAAAGGGCACCGUGGAACAGAGAAGGGCCGAAAGCAUGGCGGAAAACAGAGAACCCCGUGGUGCCAUCGAGGCCGAGCUGGACCCCGUGGAGUACACCCUUCGGAAACGACUUCCUCACCGCCUGCCCCGGAGGCCCAAUGACAUUUAUGUCAACAUGAAGACUGACUUUAAGGCCCAGCUAGCCCGCUGCCAAAAGCUGCUGGACGGAGGCAGUCGAGGGCAGAACGCAUGCGCUGAGAUUUACAUCCACGGCUUGGGCCUGGCCAUUAACCGCGCCAUCAACAUCGCCCUGCAGCUGCAGGCAGGCAGCUUUGGGUCCCUCCAGGUGGCUGCCAAUACCUCCACCGUGGAGCUGGUGGAUGAGCUGGAACCAGAGACCGACUCCCGAGAGCCACUGACCAGGAUCCGGAACAACUCAGCCAUCCACAUCCGGGUCUUCAGGGUCACACCCAAGUAAUCGAAGCAGACUCACCCAUCAAUUCCUUUGCACACACACGCAUCCAGGCUCCGUGUGGCUGAGGUUGCUGCUGGUUCGUAUGGCUCUUGUUCUGGGCAUGGACCUCUUGUCAGAGCCUUGUAAGAAAACACAUGUUCCCUCAGCCUAGAGGACUAAAUGGAGAGCCAAGACGUGAAUCCUCCUUGUCCUGUACAAUAAAAGUAUCGAGUUGUGUUGGU